AUUAAACUAUAGAGCGGUCGAUCUCGGAGGGGGGUGGGUUUGAGGGGGGAACAGAGAGCCUUUGAGGAUAAUGUAAGAGAACUGUUAACUCCAAAAGUUCCCGUUACUUGGCUGAAUGAGAGCAGUAAUGGAGUAAAGAAUCAGGUGAAGUUAAAGGGAGUUCAGAAUGGCAUUUGACGGGCAUCAGAACACAUUUGCAAAUUCACUCUUUCCCACAUACCAACGUCAGGCCAGUGUAAAUGUAGGCAGUGGGGACAAUGGUAGCGUGGUAUUGCCCUUUUCCAGUCCCAGUGUCUCGCUGCAGGAACAGGACACAGCAUCUUACAUGCCUUGGUCUUACAAUGCUCAUGAUGAUGAUCCCUAUGGCCUUGUCAGUUGUGCCCAGAGCAGCACUAAAAGCAGGAAACCCACUGAUAAUACUGACUGCGACGGGGAGAGUGAUCUACAAGGUCUAGUGUCAAAUAUUUUGGAAGAAGCAGAUUCACAGGAUAGCUACUUUAAUGAAGGGAGCCUGCCAACAUGUAAUCCUGUCUGGUCUCCAAAGACACUGAGAGAAGAGCUGCUACAGUAUUUUAAAUCAGAGGCUAAAACGCAACACAACCCUUCCUUUCCUCUGAACUAUGUGUCCUAUGAGUCUUUAAGUAGAGGACAGGAACAGUCAGUCGACAAAGAUGUUAAAGACUUUUAUCAGCAUUCCAAUGGCCUUGCUGCAAGCCAACAAUGGUAUUAUAAUUUGCCUAACGGAGAGAGAGAGAGCUGUACCGUCCGUCCUCAGAAACUGCCACCAGGUCUGCCGGUGCCUAACAUGGCUAACACCUACAUGUCACAAAUGCAGCAAAGCAAAUAUGACAGCACAUCAGCUGAUAAAAACAGAGGGAAUAGUCAGUCUCUGAAUAACAUUCCUGACCUCAAUGAUGUCUUUAGACCUCAAAGCGAAAUGAACGGCCCAUCUUUUCAUCUUUACUACGAAGACCAAUACAUCCAGGGCAGCACAAAGCCUAUCAGUAAUGAGCAGUAUGUUCCGCAAGACGUGAAUCAACUGGUCAGCAGUUUUCAGUCGCUCAUGGCUGGUGAGCAUGAUAGCUUAUAUCAUGGGGACUUUCCAAACAUGCAUAGACAGACAGAGAGCAUGCACCAUGAAGACAACAUGGAUGAAGAAUGGAAAAUCAUCAGUCCUGCUGUGUCAGCACAAAGCACUCCUGCGGUGCAAACUCCAAAACAGCUGAUGGGAGAAUUUGGGACUGUGCCGAUCGAAAGAAAUGGACUAGGGAGGAACUUUCAAGAUUUACCUGCUCUCAGCUCGCAAUGUACAGAGUACGUCCAGCAGCCAAAGCCAUUCUCUGGAUCUUUCAAGUUGACCAUGCACAGGGAGAACACUGUAGUCCCCAGCAUGAACCAGUAUUCGAAGUAUUACAUCCAGCAGAGCCAGAUGCAGAGCAAAAUCAAACAACAAGUACAGAAGGAAAAGACGGGGGUGCAUAUGUCUGGCUAUCUGGGGGAAUGCUUCCCCUCAAGACCCCUAACCAACUGUAACAUGAGAGGUGGAGAUAAGAAACAGGCCCUCUCACAAAACCUUGACCACUUGGGAAACAUGCAGCCUCAGAGAUUUGAUGGAGAAAACAGCCUGGUCAGCACAGGGAAUACACAACAGCUCAUGCCUCUCAUGUAUCCUGUAAAUGACCACAGAAGGCAUUCCAGCAUGCCCAGACCUGCACUACCUUACAGAAGUUGUGUUCCUGGCAUGGAUAUGGGUGAUAUGAUGUCAGCCAGUGAGUCUGCAGCUUUCAACUCCUUUGGCAGUGGCAUGAUGACCCACAGAGGGGAGAGCACCUAUCAUGGCAUCGCCUCAGCCAUGACAACUUCAUUGGUGAUGCAUGAAGGGGGACCAAUGAUCCAGCUUUACUUCUACCUGAAUGAGUGUUUUGAGCAGUGGAGAUUUUUGGAGAAGGAGAGAAAGAGGACAGAGGUCAUCCUUACCAAGACCUUUCUUGGGAAAAGGACUGCAGCACUGACUAACACAAACAUAUUCAAAACUCCACCAAACCCCACAAGAGUUGACCACCUCAUUGUCAAUCAGAUGAGAGAACAAGCAAGGGUGGCAAACCUUCUGGAUAGAAUGGAGAGUCUGAGCAACGUUCCCCUCCAUAUCAACAUCCACACGACGCUGAACAGGCAUCACAUGGCUAUUUCCAUCACCCAGAGGAGACGCAAGGAGGAGAUCGCCAACAUGUCCAAACACCAGCAGCAGAGAGCUUAUGUCUCAGAGGACAGAGACACCCUGUUGCUGGCCGUUGCUCUGAAGGAUCUAGCUGCUACCACGAGGAAGCUCCGCACAGCCCUGUGGUGUGCUCUCCAGCUGACACUACCAAAACCUGUGAAGAGACUUGACCACCAUGUUAACAGGGAGGCCACGGGCACAGAGAGAUGUCCCUCUCCAUUUGAUGGAUACUCUUUUAAGAUAUAAUUCAGCAGGCAAUAAGGAUGAGUUAAAGGUCUUGUUAAAAUUUAGUCCACUCCACUCCACUCAGUGCCCUGAUUAUAAAUACCCCAUACGUAACAGGGUGAUGUUAAAAACCAAAUGUUACUUGCAAGGCUAUCGUGACAUUUUACCUGCAACACAGUGAUCACUCCAGAAUAUGAGAUUUGCAAUUUGAGGCUUGACGAAGCCUGCAUUUUUUUGACACCCAGGAGCUUCAGGUGGUUAACUUUUGUUCUGGGUAGGAAUGGCAUGAAAUGUGAUUUGUCCUGCUGCAUCUUUAACCUCGUUUCAUUUAAUUAGUGUCAGUUCCAAAUUAACAUGUAUCGUGCUCCAUCACCGUUGUAUUUAAAGGCACUAUUUAUGAGGAAGAUUUCAGUGAAUUCUUCAUUCUUUAACUUAUUUAUUGGACUGUAAGAGAACCUCAGUUCUGGGUAUUCCCACGCAAUAAUUGAAUCAUUAGAGCAGGAGUUUAAAAUGAACAUGCUAAAUAUUAAGACAUUCUCUAAAAUGUUCCAAUUAAUUUUCUGGAGCUUCAGCUUUUCUUAUCUAACAUUAACAUGCUGUAAUCAGAAAAAAAAGUUUAAUCUAUCCACAAUUUAGUGAAGUUUGAACUGAAACCAAAGAUGCUCAAACUUCUGAAAAAAAGUUCAGUGUUUUAAAUUGAUAUGUAUGAAUCACAUUUUCCAUUAGAAACGUACAGUGUUAACAAAUAUGAUUCCUAUCAGUGAAAUGUAACAUGGACAAGUCAAAAAAUAAUUCUGUGAUUGCAGUUUAGUCUUUGAAGCCUAACUGUACAUCAAUAGUUUAAUAUGCACAUGCUAAAUUAUAAAAUAUUUUGUCAAGUGUUCCAAUUAAUUUCUGAAACUUAUUUACUUUUUCUGUUAACUCAGUAUUGUAAUCAGAAAACUGUUUUAGUCUUAAAGUUGGUCAAAAGUUUGGACUAAAAUUCAAAAAGUUUUAAAUGUAUUUGCAUUUUCCAUCUGAUUAUUUUCAGAUAUUUUUAGUAAAUUAUUAUUUGUAUCAGUGAGACAGUUUGUCGACUAGGGACAAAAGCUUGUGUCCCUUUUUGUAAUGGAUGGCGAAGACACAAUUCUCUGGAAGCAUUAGUCUGUAGUAUUCAUGUGGCUGUGCUUUUUGAAUACGAAUUGUUCCCUUUCAUUUUAAUGUUCUCAUUGUGUUUUUUUUCUUUGUUACUUGUUCUUUACACAGAAACUUUAAAAAUAAAGCAAUCCAAAUUU